AUGAUCGAGGGCUCGGUGGAGGAGAAGAUUAUCGAGCGCGCCCAGCGCAAGCUCUACCUCGACGCCGCCGUCAUCCAGCAGGGACGGCUGGCGGACCAGUCCAAGUCGCUCUCCAAGGACGAGAUGCUCUCUAUGAUUCGCUUCGGCGCGGACGCGGUCUUCCACACCAAGGGAGGCGGCGAGCCGACCGACGAGGACAUCGAGGCGCUGCUGCUGCGGGGCGAGGAGCGCACGCGCGCGGACGAGUCCAAGCUCAAGGACCAGGCAAACUCGCUGGCCAACUUCACGCUCGACGGGCAGGAGCGGUCGAUGUACGAGCUGGACGGGCAGGACUGGUCCAAGGGGUCCGAGGCGGCGACGCAAUGGUCUCUCUCGCUGCCGAAGCGGAUCACAAAGCAAAACUACGAUGAGACGGCCCACCAGCAGCGGGCGGGGCUGCGCAUGCCGAAGCAGGUCCAGAUCCACGACUUUCAGUUCUUUGACGCGCGGCGGCUGCACGCGCUCCGCGACCAGGAGGUUGCGCACUGGCAGUGGAAGCAGGACAGGGUGCUCGCGCGGCGCGCCCGCGAGGAGGACGAGGAGGGGGACGACGAGCUGACGCGCAAGGCGUCCGCGGCGGGCGUGCCGCCGCUGAGCGACGCGGAGCUCGACGAGCGGGAGGCGCUGCUGCGCGACGGCUUCUCGAGCUGGUCGCGCAAGGACUUCAACGCAUUCGUCAAGGCGUGCGAGCGGCACGGGCGCGACGACGUCGCGUCGAUCUCGCUUGAGCUCGGCGAUCGGUACCGCGAGCUCAAGGACCAUGACAAGGUGAUGCGGCGGAUCACGCAGGGCGAAGCCGACGCCACGUCUGUGUUCGAGCCGUGCGAGGCCAAGAUCCAGCGCCGGAUCGAGAUCGCGAGUGCGCUGGCGAAGAAGGUCUCGGCCACCGCCAACCCGUGGGUGGGGUUGCGCUUGCGGUACGACGACGCGCGCGGCGCGCACUUCACGGAGGAGAACGACCGUUUCCUGGCUUGCAUGACCGACCAGAUCAUUGUCUGCAUGACGAACCAGAUCGGCUACGACCGCUGGGAGGAGCUGCGCGAGGAGGUGCGCGCGUCGUGGCUCUUCCGCUUCGACUGGUGGUUCCGCACGCGGACCGCGCAGGAGCUGCAGCAGCGCGUGGACUACCUGUCGCAGCUGAUCGAGGCGGAGAUCGACGAGAUCGAGGCCGCCGACGACGCCGACGGCCGGAAGCGCAAGGGCGGCGCCGCGAAGGGGCCGCCGGUCAAGAAGGCGCGACGCUGAGAACGGCGCGUCGGCUGGCGGGCUUUUGCCGCCCUUCAUCUCUCGCGCGCGGCGGUUCACCCCGCACCCCGGGAGACCGCCGCGCAGAGACCAGACGCAGAGUCGAGUAAGUGCUAGGUUUUGUGGCAUCAUGUCAGCUGAA